AUGUCCGAAGGUCUUGUGCAAAGACGCAGAAAAGUCGAUGAGACGCCCGCUGAAAAGAAUGAUGAUGGAAGUGGCGAUUCAGCGAAUUCAUCCGAUCAGGAGGAAAAUGACAAGGGAACUCGUUUGACACUUAUGGAACAGAUUCUUCUUUUAGGGCUUAAAGAUAGAGAGGGUUACACGUCUUUCUGGAACGACUGUAUUUCAUCGGGACUUCGUGGGUGUGUGCUUGUCGAACUUGCUCUUCGUGGACGAAUCCAAUUGGAAGGCGGCGGAAUGCGACGCAAGAAUUUGCUCAAUAGAAAGAUUACUGUGAAGAGCAGUGAGCCCACUGGCGAUGUGAUUCUUGACGAAGCACUAAAACAUAUGAAAGAGACGAAUCCGCCGGAAACGGUGACCAGCUGGAUCGAGUAUCUGUCCGGCGAAACAUGGAAUCCUCUCAAAUUGCGCUAUCAGCUGCGAAACGUAAGAGAGCGUCUGGCGAAAAAUUUGGUGGAGAAGGGCGUGUUGACGACUGAUAAGCAGAACUUCUUGCUCUUUGAGAUUACCACCCAUCCGCUUAGUGAUGGCAAUCAGAAAACUAGAUUGAUAAAGACUGUUCAAGAAGCAGUCCUUGGCAAAUGGACGAAUGACGUGCACCGAUUGGACAAACGAAUGCUGUCACUCAUCAUUUUGGCGCAUGCCAGUGACGUCUUGGAGAAUGCGUUUGCGCCUUUAAACGAUCAAGAUUAUGAGGUUUUGUUUGUUGCCAUGAAACGCGUUCGCUCAUUAUUGGAGCUCGACUAUGAUGCGCAAGCAGAGAAGAAGGGCAAUGAUGUGAUGUGGGCGGUUUUCGAGGCGUUCAGCAAGUAA